AUUAACUAUAAUUAGACUUCUGAAAUCGAUUGUAACUUUGUUCCUAUUCGCUGGAAUUUCCUGAUUAUCUAGUCAUUGAGGGGAAACCGGAACUAUGGAGGGGCUGAAAAGUAAUGUCACCCAAGUGCCUCUGGCAAUUGAGAACAAAGGAGACGACAUUGAUCAGUUGCAGAAAAAUGGAAUAGAAAAGGAAAAUCAGGGCGCAGAACUUGAUCAUGAGCCAAAAAACAAUGUUCUUGAGGAAGCUAGGCAUGUCAUCAAGAAAGUUGAUCGAUCCUAUUUUGCCAAGUUUUGUCCAUCAACAAAUUUGGAAGCCAGAAUCGGAGAGGCUGAAAAACUGAUUGAAAAGUUAAACCAGCACCAUUCUACAAUCUCCAGGAAGUUAGAAGAAAGAAAGUUGGUUCAAGGUGGAUUAGUUUCUCAGCUAAAGCAGCUUAACUAUCAAGAUAGUCGGCAUAAAGACAGUGUUACCUGCAAGAGGGAGAACUUGGAUUUGCUUCAACUAACUCUGGACAAGUUGUGUUUUGCCAAUAAUGCAUACCGAGGGAGAGCUACGAAAUCGUGCUCCUCACAAAAGAAGGGAGAACUCGAUCUUCUACAAGUAGCUCUAGACAAGCUGUAUUCUGAACACUAUGCAUACAAGGGAAGAGCUCGCAACUCAUGCUCAUCAUCACAUGAUGAGCUUGAUAAGAAUAAGUUGCGUUUUCGAAUGCUGCAUGGAAAGAACAAUCUGGCUGAAGAAAAGAAACUGCUAAAAGAAAUCAAUGGACUCCAUAAAAAAACCAGCAGUUCUCAUGUUCCAUUAAAUGAGCUUAACGAUGCUAUAUCGGUGUUUCAUUUUCGGGGAAGGCCUAGGUGGGGGUUGGGGUGGCGGUUCGUUGAACCCACAAGGGAUCAGAAAGAGAAGAUUGGAAGAGAAAAAAAGGAACUCGUAUGUUUAAAAGAGAGAGCCAUUGCCACUGCUGCUGUUAAAGGAAAGCUUUGGAACUCCUUAGGUUCAAAACAAGCGAUACAUGACCAAGCUAAACUUAUUGCUACGGAAUUAGAUGGAAUAAGGAAAGAAAUAGUAUUGCCACUAAGGGCUAGUGCAAAGCCUGUUGAGAAAGAACUGAAUAAAAUAGAAAAAAAUGUGAAAUACUUGCAGAAGCAAUUGACACUUGCACGCAAAAGAAAGAAUGAAGCCUAUGAAUGGAUUCUUGAACUGAGGAAACUGCAUGCUGAGCAGAAAUGAAUAUGAGAAGAUAAUUUUGCCGACAGCUGAGUAAGGAUCAACGGAUGAGGAACUCUGUAGAGACUGUGAUAAAGCACUAAUUUCAGAACAAAACGUUUGGAAACAUCAUGACAGAGACAAUGGAUUGAUAGAAAAUGACAAAGAGCUCGAAAAUCCAACUCCAAGACCUUCAUUUGUUUGAAACCUAUUUAUUUGUUCACCACAAUAUGUGGUUCCAUGCUGAGCAAGUUUCAAGCAAGGGUGCCCAAGUUGAAAAGUUUUACAUUUGUAUGAAGUAUGAAGCCUAUUUAUUUUAUUUUUG